AUAUAAACAACCGCUUCGCCCACCCCUAGGGUUUUCCGUGCCGCCACCCAGCCCCUUAACCCUCGUUCCUCUAGCCGUCUCGCGCAGCCACAGCCUCCAUUUCUCCUCCGACGGCGGUGCGGCUAGCUCAACCAUGGCGGACUCCAAGGCCACCUCGGCGGUCACCCUCCGCACUCGCAAGUUCAUGACCAACCGCCUGCUGGCCCGCAAACAAUUUGUGCUUGAGGUUAUCCACCCCGGCCGCGCCAACGUCUCCAAGGCGGAGUUGAAGGAGAGGCUUGCCAAGAUGUACGAGGUGAAGGACCCCAACACCAUCUUCGUCUUCAAGUUCCGCACCCACUUCGGUGGAGGCAAGUCCACUGGCUUCGGCCUCAUCUACGAUAACCUCGAGUCUGCCAAGAAGUUCGAGCCCAAAUACCGCCUCAUCAGGAAUGGUCUUGCUACUAAGGUUGAGAAGUCCCGCAAGCAAAUGAAAGAGCGGAAGAACAGGGCCAAGAAGAUCCGUGGUGUCAAGAAGACCAAGGCUGGUGACGCCAAGAAGAAGUAAACAGUCAUUUAUAUUUCUGUAUUACUGUCCUGAACUCUGGGUGGUCGUCUAGUUGCAAUGUCAUAAUUAUGGUCGUGUUAGGUUUUGUUCCGCACUCAGCAGUAAGUGAAGUUUUGUAAUUCCUGGAUGUGAACCUACCCGGAUUGGCUGUAGCAUGUUGUGAGAUGAGAAGGCUAUUUUGUCAUGCAGUUGUGUCAUUUGCAAGCCAAUCCAUUUUGUCAUGCAGUUGUCAUUUGCUCACCUCUGAUCCAUAUCAGCUUUGAUCGUGCUGCAUUUGCGCCAGUGAACAGUGAUUGCUCAUGAACUAGUUUUGGGUUGCAGUUCGGUAGUUGUUUGGACCUUUGUUUUCAAGGCUAGUCUAUUUUUCUUACAUUUGUGAAUGCCUUAAUGGCAUGAUGUUAUCAGUUGUUGGAACAAGUAUUUGUUAAUGUCGAUGGUGCACACACGAUAGUUACACGCCA